AUGGAGCUGGUCUCGGACCUGGUGGCGCGCUUCUUGGGGCCGCUUUGGGCGUGGAUUGAAGCGACUCCCGUGCACGUCCUCUUGGUGUGCUUUGUUGCGCUCCUUCUCCUCGGCUUCAUAAGUCUCUUCCUGCUUCUGCAUCUUGUCGCGCCGAAACCACGACCCGUCCUACCGUCGGAAAAGACGUACAUAACCUCGAGCCCCUCGGGCACCCCGACCACGCCCCGACAGCUCCCCUGCUGGCAUGACCGCUGGCAGGCAGAGCGACGCCUCAGCGAGGAGCGAAUCAAGCCCCACGAGGCAUACCCCACGCCCGACGCCGGCUCCAUUGAGCCCGCCGAGCUGUACCUGAGCGUCGUGUUCCCGGCCUACAACGAAGAGGACCGCAUCAUCCCGACGCUGGAGGAGGCCGUCGAGUACCUCGACAAGCACAUCGGCCGGCCUACGGACCGUAAGACGGUCCACAGCCCGUCUCGACGGCGACAUGUCCGCGCUCACUCGGCCGACCGUGAGCCCGAGAAGGAGCUCUCCGGAUACGAGAUCAUUAUUGUAAACGACGGCAGCAAGGACAAGACGGUGGACGUCGUGCUUGAAUUCGCGAACAAGCACCAGCUACAUGACAUUAUACGGGUCGUGUCCCUGACGAGGAAUAGGGGCAAGGGUGGCGGCGUCACGCAUGGGCUGCGACAUGUGAGGGGCGAGUAUGCGCUCUUCGCGGACGCGGAUGGUGCUUCGCGGUUCAGCGACGUGAGCAGGUUGAUCGAGGGCUGCGAGGAGGUGGUUGACGGUUCACACCGCGGUGUGGCCAUUGGCAGCCGCGCGCAUCUCGUCGGCAGCGAGGCAGUAGUCAAGGUAUACUCCCUCGGCAGCUCACUUCUCUCGACGCAACCCGAAUCUGUACUGACGCAGCUCCGCCCGCAGCGCUCCGCCCUGCGCAACUUCCUCAUGCGCUCGUUCCACCUCGUCCUCACCAUCCUCACCCCGCCCGCCACGUCGCGCAUCCGCGACACGCAGUGCGGCUUCAAGCUCUUCACGCGCGCGGCUCUCCCGCACAUCGUGCCCUAUAUGCACGCCGAGGGCUGGAUCUUCGACAUCGAGAUGCUCAUGCUCGCUGAGUCGGCGCCCGCCACGCCCGUCCUCGGCAGCGACGGCUCCGUUAUCGGCGCGAGCCCCGGCAUCAAGGUCGCCGAGGUGCCCAUCGAGUGGCACGAGGUCGGCGGCAGCAAGCUCAACGUCAUACAGGACAGCGUCAAGAUGGCCGUCGGCUUGGCUGUCCUGCGCGCGAGCUGGAUGAUGGGCGUGUAUCGCAGGCGGCUGACGUAG